GUAUCGCUCCCGAUCACUCCCUCCAACCAAUAUCACGUGUCAGUUGUGCGAUAUGGAGCUUGCAUCCUACGUCAUUCAGUCUCCCUCUCCCGUUCCCAAGGGCCCACACGACGGGCUUUCAGACGAGCAUUGUCCUUUCAUUUCGCUGUCGUCUGCUAACCGAUCCAACACUAUGGAAUUCGAGAAAGCUCUCGCUCAAAGCGCGAACGAAGCCGUCCAACGUCUGAGCACCUUCGCAGCUGGAAUUCCCAAUGGCAGCAGCAAGGGAGAGAGCGAUUCUGAAACCAGUCCACUGUUCACCGAAACCAGCGAAGAUGUGGAGAAGUGCUCGUCGUCGUCGGAGGAGGCCGAGGAGCCCACCACAAAUUGUGAAACAAUGAUGCACGUCCUAAAGGGGAACAUUGGGACAGGUGUCCUCGCGAUGCCCAGCGCCUUUGCCAAUGCGGGAAUUGUGGUCGGCUCGAUAGGAAUUCUAAUGAUGGGCCUCAUCUGUGUUCACUGCAUGCAUGUCAUAGUGAAGUGCAACCACAUUCUUUCGAGAAAGCUUGGCUGCAGGUCAUUAGACUUUGCUGGAGUGGCGGAGAAUGCAUUCAGCUUAGGACCUCAGAGUUUUAGAAAAUUUUCCGGAGCAGCACGGGCUGCUGUGAAUGUCUUCCUAUUGCUCACACAGUUUGGCUUCUGCUGUGUCUACUUUGUAUUUGUAGCAGCGAGCAUUCAAGAAAUGCUGAAAGGGAUGGAUGCGUCUCUAACGGACGUCAACAUCUACAUCUGCCUCGGCAUAACACUGCCCUUCAUGGUCCUCUACAACUUCAUCCGUAGCCUUCGCAUGCUUGCCUACGCUUCCACCAUAGCCAACGUGCUUCAGAUCACGGGCAUGGCCCUCAUUUUCUACAACCUGUUACAAGACAUGCCCAACAUCUCUGAGCGACCUGCUGCCAUGCCCCUGUCGCAGCUGCCCUUGUAUUUUGGAACUGCCAUUUAUGCUUUUGAGGGCAUUGGUCUUGUGCUUCCAUUAGAGAAUAAAAUGAAGACACCCGCUUCCUUUAGCGGAUUGACGGGUGUGCUCAACACCGGCAUGAUGAUUGUCGUCUGCCUCUACACGGGAGUGGGAUUUUUCGGGUACCUCAAAUACGGCGAUGAGGUUCGUGGAAGCAUCACCCUCAACUUCCCUGCUUCCGCGUUGAAUGAAGUUAUCCGGGCCGCAUUUGCUAUCGCGAUCUUCUUGUCGUACGGCCUGCAGAUGUACGUCCCAAUUCAGAUCACGUGGCCCAGCAUAGUGCGUCAACUGGGUCUCGACUCUGGCCACUAUUCUCAGAGGACAGUCCUUGCCAUUGAGUAUGCCGUUCGGACAUCCUACGUCCUAAUCACAUUUGCAUUAGCUGCCCUGAUUCCCCAGCUAGACCUAUUUAUCUCCCUGGUGGGUGCCCUGGCAAGCAGCAGUCUGGCUCUCAUCCUGCCUCCUGUCAUUGAGCUGCUCACAUUACACGAUGCAAGCUGCGGCAAGCUGAUGUGGUCUUUUCUCUGCACCAAGAAUAUUGUGAUAACGUUGUUCGGUGUCAUAGGUUUUGUAAGUGGUACUUACGUUGCCUUAGAUAAGAUUAUCUAUUGUUUCUCCAACACAUGCGUCUCGUGAGCCGAAUCUACUUAAAAGUCGGCACGUGCACGCGCAGAAGUUGUGACGGGCUUCCAACAGGGCCGAGAACGGUGUCGUCUGCUAUUGACCGCUUACGGCGGCAGCACAAAUGGCAGAGUCUCGAUGUGUCUGACAGAAAAGAAAAAAGCUUGUACAUUAGUGGCAUGGUUGGCUAUCUGGGAUCUCAAGUGCAAAGCUUUGACAAUGAUCAGGCACUUGGCUGGCCGUGUGACAGUGUUUGAAACGGAAAAGCGGUGUUUGAUAUCGCCUGUGAUUGAACGUAUCAAGUUGACACCUUUGCCUUUAAGUACAAACAAGUUCCGCUACAUCCUCAGUUCGCAGAAACAAAGGUGCCCUGUCUUCACUGUCAUCUCACUGCUUCCACUGUGGUCUUUGUUUUUCAUUUCAAAAUGACCUGCCAACGAUCUUAUCUAUCACACUCAUGCAAGCCGACCGGUACAAGCCGACCUGUUGUCUAGACAAUCUCCCACAGAUGGCGCCGUCAGCACCUGUGCGUGACUAAAUGUGGAACAAAGUAAGAUUUUGCGGUUGUCCUGCAGAAAGAAGCCUAUCAUGUCAUAAAUGGAAUGACCCUAAAGGCCUGUUAAGGAAUACACCUCUUUGCAACACUGCUGAUUUCACGAUGUCACAAAACAAAAAGCCAACACCAGCACGAUUCAGUGCUGCGCAUUCUAUCAUUUGCUGCCUGGGACUUAUUGUAUCCUUUGCGUUACUCUGUUGAGAAGGAAACAGCACUGAGAUGCCUGGGGGCACUGAAGUUUUGUACAGAGUAGGUAGUACUUGGUUACGUACAAAAGAAUGUUCGCUAGCUACUCUUGAUUUGCCAAAAGUCACCGUAUGUACUAGCAUAAUUAUAGUGCUCUUGUUACCUCAAAAUGUUUUGUAAAUGAUCUGCACAAUAUAAAAUUAAUAUUGCUCAAUCGGGAAAUUAUAGUUUGUAAUAGAUCCUAAUGUGUGUCCGUGUAGGAUGGUGCUGGUCAUAUUGUGUGCUGUUAUCUUGUCUAUAUUGCAAUAAUCAGUGGAGUUGGUCUGCUUGCAGCGUUGACUUAUCAGACCUAGCGCGCGACUUGUGGAAUGCAUUAUUCCGUGAAAUACGGGCUCGGUGGCCACAGGUGCGCAAUCAAGGUGCUCCGCUUCACGCCGCAGCCCGAAACUCACGACUAGAGAGGGGCCGAAUCCGGAAUUAUCCGAAUCCGAACCCGAGGAAGGUUCUGCAACAAACCCACGAACCUUACGAAAUCUUUCUUAAAAAAAAGAGCUUAAAAAGCCAGGGGUUACAGUUUACUGAAAAGUGUUGUGAAGCAGAAUUUGAUAUAUACAUUCGUUUAAUGAAAUAGUUGACUUUGAGGAGAAAGCAUACCCAUAUAUACUUUUUCUUAAACGUAAUUUAUUUAACGCGUUGUCCAUCAACUACAGGAAGUACAAAAACUCUCGAGUCAGAAUUCUUUCCGUAAAACUAAAAAAAACAAAAACAAUCAAAGGCAGAACCAUAUGUUACUUUCAAACUCUUAACGUAAGGGUUCCUCGCUGAACUAAUCUCAGUCGAGAGCAAUGGGAGUAAACAAACAAGAAAACUGGUGCCGGCCAAUCAGGCUUUUCGGUGGACUCUGGGGGUGCCAAUUUUAAACAGAAACAAACUCAGUAUCUCAUUUUGACCGGACAGUACAAGGUCUUACGAGAACGCGAACCACGAAAGCAAUUAAUUUAGCACUAAUCAUAGAUGUUUUUCUUGAAUCUGCAAAUUGUGACUAUUUGUAAGCAUUUAUGCUUCCAGCUCAGCAAGAUGAAAAAAAAAAAACUCACGAAGAAGUCAGGAAAAAAUGCAGAUGCACAAAAAUAUCCGAUAUGUACCAUUCAGGUGUAGUGUCAUUAUAGGUGUCGUAUUUUAUGGCAUACUAUAAGAUUUGUCAGAUAUGUAUGUGAUGUCUGACGCAAACGUCGUUAUGGACUUUGUGCCGGACAUUUGGGCAUUUAUUGGGGAGUACAUAUUCGGCGAGGAAAUAAGAUUACACGGUUGCACAAAGAUUACACGGCAGUGUCAUUGGACCUCGGGAAAGUCUGUAGCGGUACAUCAUAUUCGCUGGAAUAAGAGAUCCGUUAGAUAGUGACGGAAUAUUUGACUCCAGCAUUUCGUGGAUUUGUGCCAGACAUCAUUCGGACAGUCAUGAAAACUGAGCUAAGCUUGCACACGUUAACACCGUCGGGCAUCAGGAACGGGACGAGGACGGGACAAUAUUGCAGCAUUCCUCCUAGACAAAUUUACAAAAUUGAAAAUGCGUUUUACGAUUGCAAUUUACGAUAUAACAGCAUUCGCAAAGUUGCUCGCCAUCAUGGACUGGCGACUUUGCGCAAUCCCUAGGAGUUCCGAAGAAAGGAGUCUCGAGUAAACUUUCUGAUGUAAUUAAUUAAUCUCAUGCGGUAGCUGAGGUAUUGUUGCAUCUGCUGUGAGGACGCUAUUCUCCAGUGAGGGAUUACCCCUGACUGAAAAACAAUGGGAGAGGAAACUCUCGGACGAACCCGGGUAAAUCACCGGGUCUCUAUCUUAGGCUGUGAUAGAGUCGUAGGAAGCAUUCUUAUUUAUGCUGUGCCUUAACAAGUUACGUUGUGUUGUUGGAUAUGAUCUACCAUGUGAUGUAAAUAGCCUCAGACAGGGUUAGCUAUUUAUACGUUGCUACUUUUAUGAGAAUGGGACCAACCGGGUGCCAUAGUGUACAAUAUCGAAAUUUGUCUCGAGGUAAGGUACCUGUAUUUUAUCUUGUUUUUAAGCUUUAUUUUGAAACGUUUUUGCAUUGGAUGCAUGCAUCCACCUUGUACAGAAUGUUCUUUGGACACUGUAUCCUGUACAUAGUGUGUAUUGGUCACUGCUGUAAAUAAAAUAUUGGACAUCA